AUGAAUUUCUUCUCCGAGGCGCCAACACAAGGACUGGGAUACAGAAACAUGUGCAGGUUCUUCUCUGGUCCCAUCUUCCAUACUAAAGCUCUUGGGAGCAUGGAGUACUACAUGCGGCUCGACACGGACUCCUUCCUCCUUGCUCCACUUCCUCGGGACCCCUUCCUCGCCAUGAACGAGACUGGAGGCGCUUACGGCUUCCUAGCGCGGGCGGUGGAGCACCCGUCGCUCAGCGCAGGGCUCUACGAGGCCGUCAGGGGAGUAGCGGGGAGGCUCGACAAGACAGGGCAGGCGCCCAGCUCGGAGGAACUGCUGGUGCAUCGAGGGUUGCUAGGGAGUCAGCUGGGGAGAUGGGAUGGCUCCUUCUUCUACAACAAUCUGGAGGUUCUGCAUCUCCCCUUCUGGAGGAGCCCAGCUCAGCUCGAGAUCUUCGACGCCCUCGACAGACUUGGCGGCUUCCUGAGGAGCAGGUGGGGGGAUGGGCCUGUGCGCACCCUGUCCCUGGCCUUCACAGGGACCAAGCGCGAGCUCGUGCGGUUUGACGACGUCCCCUAUUGGCAUCAGAACUUAGUCCUCUUGUAA